AUCAACUUUGCAAGACAAAAAUCUGUGAGAAUCGGAAGUCAAGUUGAUAAUUAUCCCUUUCAAUUUUCAUCAAAACACUUGAGACUGGAGAAGUGUAAAACAGCUUAAACCCCAGGAAAAUUCCUUCUUUCUUUCACCAUAAAAUCACAAAGCAAAAGCCAGCCAACUUCUUAGUAAUAUCAAAAAAAUCCCGCCCGGAAAAAAGAAAAAAAUCCAUGGCCUUAUCCAUUUCUUCUACAUCCCAAGUUUCAAUCUUUAACAUCCCAUCUACUCAAUCCCCCAAAAUCUUCCCAUUUUCUGUUUGCUUAAAUUCCAUUACAUUAAACUGUAGUAAACUGCAAUCGAUUGUUUGUGCAGCUGCUAAGCAACAAAGUGGUUCAUCAGUGAAGUCUAAUAAGAAGAGGAAAAAGAAACCAGCUCCUAUUUCUAAAGAUUUGAGCUUUGAAGAUUUGGGAGUUUUGGAGGAGGGAGAAAGUGGAUUUGAAGAGGAGGAAGAUAGUGGUAAUGGAAAGUCUAAACGUUCAGAGGCUUAUAUUCCUCUUCCUUUACCAAAGCCACCAGCUGGGUUUGUGAUUGAUGAGCAAGGACAGGUUUUAAUGGCGGCUUCAAGGAGAAUUGCCACUAUCGUUGAUCCAACCAAUAACCUUCCAUUGGAGUGCAUGAUCAGGAGAGUAUUCAAAAAUUCUAAAGGGGAUGAUUGUUUGUUGCUUUGCCCAGUUGAUAUGCCUGUUCAGAUUUUGAAGAGCACAAAUAUCGAAGGAUGGUCAGCUGUUAGUGAUGAGGAUGUUGAAGCUCUACUUCCAACAGCAGCUUAUGCUCUUGCUAAGAUACACAUGCAUUUGGUGCAUAGUGGGUUUUGUUAUACGGCCCGUGGAGGAUUUUGUUACUCGGAAGAUAGCAUUUUUGAAUUUCGAUCAGAUGAUGGACAAGAUAUAGAUGGUGUGCCAACCGAAGGUGUUGAAAUUACGUGCUUCCAUAUGAACGGGUCACAUUAUAUGAUUUACACACCUUCGGAUCCACUCCUUUUUGUCGCCAUUAAGGAAGAGAAUGGCCAGCUGAGAAUCGCAGACGAUGAACUUUUGGACGACCCUGCUGUUGUAAGUGCAAUAGAUGAGGAGACCGAAUUCAACGCAUUAGUGGAGGAGGAAGCCGCUCUUUUGGAAUCGGUGUUUGGUGAGAGAUGAUGUACAAAUGGACAUUGUUUUUCUGUAGAAAUAGUUCUUGUUGUACAGGAAAUUUUGUUUGUAUAAUUUGCAUUAUAUUAGAUGGGAAGAAAUGGAUUAUAUUAAGUUACACAUGUGUUAAGGUCUUAGGCAGUUGUAACUACUAGUAAUGCAUGGUAAUUUGUCGGAAGAUGUUUGUUAAAGGAACACUUGACUUAAUAUUAUCUACUUGUGCGUGUCUUACCA